AUGAUACCUGGCAAGAGUUUCUUCUCUCAAAAAACAUCUCGUUUAUAUUUUGACAUUAGCCGGCUGCCUACUCAAUCACUUCUCAAAUUAUGUGGUAAGAAAGUGACGCAUCAAUUUGUUCCAUGUGUGACAAGGGCACAUGGACCAGGCGCUAUUUUUCCGUUGACUUCUGCUCAACAGCGUCUCUUUUCAGUUAACUACCAUCACGAAGGUGGUGCUCAUCAUUGGUACAUUAUUCCAACUUGUGAGCGAGAAGUUUUACGAAAAAUAAUUGAUCACCAAAACACCUCUAUUUGUUUUGACCAUGGACAAUUACUCAUCGAUCCUUCGGUACUAGACAAAAAUGAUAUCCGUUACUAUCGAAUCAUUCAACGUCCAAACGAGUUCAUAGUUUUAUCAGCUGGUACUCUGGCACAAAGUUUCACAGAAGAUGCCAGCUGGAGCGAGUCAAUCGCUUUUGCUUUACCUGGUUGGAUUGAAGAAGGUCGUGCAAAUCUUUCUAUUCCACCGUGUCAGUGCAAUUUUCCUCAAGAUUCUUUACCAGAAACAAUUGAUAUUACUCUAUUUACACAUGAACGUAUACAAGAAUACAUUACAUCGCAUCUCAAUAUUAUUACUAAUGAUAAACCACUAGCUUUGAAAGGUUCACAAUUAUGUUUAUAA